AUGCGCUUCCUGCUCGCCUUCGUCUUCGUGUUGGCUCUCGCCAGCGCGGCCUCGGCCACCACCAAUAACGCCAACAACCUGGAGGAGCUGAUCGCCAACGCCCUGCCGGCCAAGUACGGCCAGCUCAAGGCCCAGGUGGCCGCCCUCCAGGCCAACCUCACGGCGCAGAUCAACGCCGUCCAGGACUCGCUCGCCGCCGUGGCGGCCAACGUGCGCUACAUCAAGUCGCUCGAGCAGCUGGGCAACCUGCCCGACGCCUCCACCUGCACCACCCUCGACUGUGUCCGUACGCCCAUCAACCAGCUCGACGAGCUCCUCAUGCAGCUCUACGCCACGCGCCUCUCGUUCGCCCUCCAGGCCGGCUACAUCAAGUACGCGGCGGGCCAGGACGUGCUGGACUCGAGCCGCGAGUCGGUGGUGCUGGCCAACGCCCGCGCCAGCGCCGUGGCCAACGGCCUGCCCGAGUACGUGGGCCAGGUCCUCUACGGGAACUACUGCAUGCUCUACGUCUCCAAGCGCCUUCAGGUGGAGACCCUCAACGCCGAGUUCAACGCCGGCCUUCCCGUUCCCGUCCAGCACGCCGAUUGA